CUCCUCUCCUCCUCUCAGUUGGCCCUGUGACUCCUUGCCGGGACGGUAUAACAGUAGUCUACCGAGCGAGGGACCAGGCGGUGGAUGGGGACGGGCAGUAGCCGCAGCAGCAGCAGUCGGGCGCACCGACUGAAGCAUGCUCCAGUGCAGUCAUGACUUGCUCGGCGUCAGAUAGCGAGAAGAUCGUGAUCAACUGCGGUGGUAUCCGACACGAGACCUACCGGAGCACCCUGAAGACGCUACCGGGCACGCGCUUGUCUUGGCUCACCGAACCCGACGCCUACAGCAACUUCGACUACGAUCCCAAGUGCGACGAGUUCUUCUUUGACCGCCACCCGGCUACCUUCGCCUUCAUCCUCAACUACUACCGCACCGGUAAGCUCCACUGCCCCAACGAUGUGUGCGGACCGCUCUUCGAGGAGGAGCUUGCCUUUUGGGGCAUCGACGAGACGGACGUGGAGGCGUGUUGCUGGAUGAACUACCGGCAGCACCGCGACGCCGAGGAAGCCCUGGACAGCUUCGAGCAACCCGAGCCGGACGCGCCGGAUGACGACCCCGCGCUCACCGGCGGGGCGGACGGUGAUCUGAAGCGACUGUGCAUGCAGGAGGACGGUCGGAGGACGACGUGGUGGGAAAACUGGCGACCCUUCAUGUGGGCGCUGUUCGAGGACCCGUACUCCUCCAAAUACGCGCGGUAUGUGGCGUUUGGCUCCCUCUUCUUCAUCCUCCUCUCCAUCUCCACCUUCUGCCUGGAGACCCACGAAGCCUUCAACACCAUUUACAACAAGACAGAGAAUGUCACUGUCGGCAAUGUGACACAUGAGGAGAUAGUGUACGAGGUAGUCACAGAUGGCUGGCUGACAUAUGUGGAGGGCGUCUGCGUCAUUUGGUUCACCAUAGAGGUGAUGGCACGUGUCGUCUUCUGCCCUGACAAGGCAGAGUUCUUCCGCAGCACCCUCAACAUUAUAGACUUUGUGGCCAUCGUGCCCUUUUACUUGGAGGUGGCGCUGAGCGGCCUCUCCUCCAAAACAGCCAAAGACGCGCUGAGCUUCCUGCGCGUGGUGCGCUUUGUCCGUAUCCUACGUAUAUUCAAGCUGACCCGCCACUUUGUCGGUUUACGUGUCCUGGGCCACACUCUGCGGGCGAGCACCAAUGAGUUCCUGCUGCUCAUCAUCUUCCUGGCGCUGGGCGUCCUCAUCUUUGCUACCAUGAUCUAUUAUGCCGAACGCAUCGGUGCCGACCCCGACGAUCCAACAGCUGCGAAACACACCAACUUCAAGAAUAUCCCUAUCGGAUUCUGGUGGGCUGUGGUGACCAUGACCACACUAGGCUACGGGGACAUGUACCCUGAAACAUGGUCAGGAAUGCUUGUCGGUGCCCUCUGCGCCUUGGCCGGUGUGCUGACCAUCGCCAUGCCGGUGCCCGUCAUUGUCAACAACUUCGGCAUGUACUACUCCCUUGCCAUGGCCAAGCAGAAGCUCCCCAAGAAGAGGAACAAGCACAUCCCCCGGGCUCCACAGCCCGGCAGCCCCAAUUACUGCAAGCCGGAUGCCCUGGCUAUGGCAACCGCCUCGCCACACAGGCUGAUGGGCAAUGUGCUUGGUCCGGGCAUGGCGGGAUCUGGCAGUAUGAUGGGCACUGGAGACUGCCCACUUGCACAGGAGGAGAUCAUUGAGAUCAACAGGGCAGAUUCCAAGCAGAAUGGUGAUGCCGCAGCCAACGCGGCGCUGGCCAACGAGGACUGCCCCACCAUCGACCAGGUGCUGGGAGAAGAGCGCAGCCCGGCCACGGGGGGCCUCGGCUCUGCCACCAGCCGCGAGCGCUACCCGCACGACCGGGCCUGCUUCCUCCUGAGCGCCGGGGAAUUCCAGCGCACGACGGACGGGAACGUCCGAAAAGUAGGAGGCACUGUGAACGGGUACUGGAGCGACAGCCCGUGGUAGAGGAAGAGCGGACGGCAACACCACGAUGAAAGAAGCGGGAGAACACAACAACAACAACAGAAACAGCAUACAAACGUAGAAAUCUGCAAUGUAGAUACAUACGACACCGGCGGUUGGACCUUCCUGUUUCUGUUCAUUCAUGUUCUGUCAGCAGAACACACUUGUGUGCACAUGGGUGUGUGUGUGUGUGUGUGUGUGUAUGCCCGGAGCUGCAUCUACCUCUCUACUAAGAUGCACAACUUGAAAAAAAUGUCGGACAGAAAGGAAGAAUUAAUCACCAAAUUGUGUGUGAUCACAUGACGUCAUGCUAUUGGGUGUACUUUUGUUUCUAUCAAUCAAAGGUUUUGUUUCCUAAAUAUACGUGUUCAUUCCUUUUUGUUUGAAAUGGUAAUUUUUUGAUUUUGCAGAAAUGUUGAUUUAUUGAACAACAACACUAUCAGACUUCUUCACUGUUUAGGACAAUAAUGUGUCUGUUGGUUAAGCGUUUGAAUCCCUUGUACUCAUCUCGCGCGCUCACCCUCCUGCUCCCCCGCCAGAGAGUAACCGGUUUUAGUGGGAUGGAACUGAUUCCCUUUGAUUUACAUUGGAUUCCCAUCAGAGCACCAUCACUAACCACGAGUGAACACAGACUCCUUUUCAGAGGAGCCUGUGCACUAAGGAAUCUCCUUCCCAUUACCUUUGUUGCAUUGUAGUUUGGAGUAUCGGAAGGUGAGAGCCACAAAUGAAGAGACUAUGUCUGGGGAGCAUAUCAAUGUUCAUUUUAACAAUUAGUUUAACAUUUUGCCAAAAACUUAUGAGCUGUAGCCAGGCAGCAAUGAGCGUUGUUUAGAUUCAAGACUAGAAGCGGGGGAGAAAUAGCUAGCCUAAUCCAAACAAAUGCUAAAAAAGUAUACUUUGUUUCAUUUUGUUUAACAUGCAUGUCUUUUUUGGGGUGCUCACCAAAAACUAAUAACAAUGAACAUGUUCCCAAUUUGUGAUUUUUAAUAAAUAAAUAAUCAAGAGCUUGUUAAUCAAGUGAACUAUAGAGGAGUUGUUUACCCCCUGCCUCCAGUAGUAAUGCUAAGCUAACCUAAUUGCCUUCUUUGCUCUGGCUCAUCUCACAACUCAAAGGAUGUAAAUAAUAUAUAUAUAUAUUUUUUUGUCUCAAUCAUGUGACUGUGAUUCGGGGUAACGCAGGGUUUCCUGUUUAUGCUUAUGCUUGACUAUACAGUUUUUGUUAGUUGGAGAAUUAUUUUAACCCUCAAUCUUGGGGCACACACACACAGAUGUAAACACACACUCAUCAUUUCUGAACAUUUCAUCCUCUCCUCAUCUCACUUCCCAUCGUCGAUUUGUAGUUGUAACUGCCGCUUUUCCGAAAGGCCACUGCUGACCGGUUUCUUUUGUCUCGGUGAUUGUACAUAUGUAAAGUUUGCGUUGUAUAUGAAUCUGCAUGGGUUUCCAUUGCAAGCAAUAAGAAUACUGAUAUGACUAAUAAUACGAAGAGCUUUGAGCUUUGAGUCUCAAGCUUAAUGAAUGUGUAUAUAUCGUUUAGACCAUUAAGAGUGUGUAUGAAUGUGUGUUUUAAGAUGCAUACGUAUGCACCAACAAAGCAUGCUGGACAAAAAAUAUGUUCACCUCUUUGAAUGCAAGAAGAGGGAGGACAGGCUGACAUUAUGCAUGCCGAAAUGCUAUGAUGCUAUUGGUCUGAAGAGACCAAGUUAGGUACUGUAACCGGGCCGGGUAGGGGUGGGAAAGUUUAUUUUUGCAGGACGGGGUGGGGUUACGUUUCUGGUAGGUCGUGUAUAGCGGCUUUCUUAUCAAAAACCUGAGAGAUUUAUGAUAAGAGAAACAUAUUAACAAUCGUAGCUUAUGAUAUAUAUUUUCUUUCUUCUUUUUUUUUGCUUCUCUUUUCACAGAGAACUGUUCUGAAAGCCCCGCGCUUAUCAGAUAUAUGCAAAAAGAAGCAGUAACUGUGAAUUAACGCUAACACAUGAAAAACAAAUCCAGCUUCUUCCAUCAUUGUCUCGACUCCUCCUUUGCAAGAGAGAGGAACGAGAGACCGCUCUGUUCCCCAAGAUACCUCCUCACCAACCCCCCACCCCCAACCCCCUCACUCCCACUCCUGUUAUCUCCACAGCCUCUUUGUUGUCUGUCUGUUAAUUCUAGCCAAAUCAACUUUCAUUACCUUCCUGUUCUGUUGUCUACAUUUGCAUUUAAAAUGCAAUGAGUUCAAGAAAAGGAUUCCUCUGCAAUGUGAGAUUAAAAUUAUUCAAGAACUGAGAUUAACCCACUCGAACUGCAACCCAUUCUCAAUUUAACUUUCAUGUAUGUCUAGAUACUCAGUAAUGUAGCAUGUAAGCAUAAUACAGUAUGGGACUGAACAUAAGAAGACCUUUAUUAUAUAACACAACCCUUUCUGGCUUAUUUUUAGCCUAGUCCUGUUGGGAAAGUUUUCUUGAGAUACCCUAUACUGUUAAUCCCAGGAAAAAAUAACCAUCAUCCUUUUCUUUUGUAAUCUUGAAAUGCCUCCAUGGAAGCGGAAUAUAAAUUGCAUGGUUGGUAAGCAUCGUGUUGGCUCCCUCAACAAACAGAGGAACUCAUCUCUUUCUUUUUUUUCAAUCGCAAUAUCGUCUUUUAUAUUCUAGCCAAUCCAGUAUCCAAUGUACCAGAUCACGUUGUGCUCCGACCACUACUAAAAGCAGGUUCACGUUGGACGAUUGUACACCAGUCACACGUUCAGUAGCAUUGCAUCAAGCAGCGUGUCCUAUGUAGCAAGAUGGAAAGUGAGGUGUCAGAGGUCCGGGGAGUGGACGGGCCUGUAGCAUGUCAGACCUUCAUCCAGGUAGUCCUGUUAGUCACACAAACUAAUCUUUACCCAGCUUUAAUCAAGAGGUUUUGUUAGUUUAGCGCUAUUUUCCAUACCAAUUAUUUGAAUUCAUAUAAUUGGCCAUAAACUGCUAGAUACUCAUGUCUAUGACUGGUCCUACACAAUCAAAGUUCCUGUUGAGUUUGCUUAGGGGAGCAUGUUAUCAACAAAUUUGCCCCAAAACAUCUUUGAAGACGUGGCAUUCAAUGAAGUGAGAAACCACACUGCAGAGGCACCCUUCAAAAUUAAAACUUAGUUUCUUCUUGAAUUCCUGAAGGUUUUUCCUCUCGUUGCUAAUGUUCCUCCCCUCUCCACCCAUUCACAACUCAGGUAUCUCUUUCUCAAUCUCCCCCUAUGUGCCCCCAUGUUCCUGUAGAUGUACUGUAUGUAUGACAAAGGGGAUUGUUUCCCUGUGAAUUCCAUUUGCUCUGUUUUGUGGCUCUUGCCCCUCCUUGAAAAAAAUGCUAUAUUGCUUUCCUUGUCCAGCUGUGCUUCCUGUCUUUUCCUUGUAUGGGUUCUGCUCUGUGUCUCAGCCCUAUCCCGAAAACCCUGUCCCUCUCUCUGAGAGACCUUAACCCCAACCCCCAUCCAACCCCCUCAACCCACCCUCCGAGUCUGAAGUCUCUCACAGCAAAAACCAAAAAAAGGAGUACAAUUGGAGAGCCUUUGCAUAAAAAAAGAGAAAUGUUUGGCUUAGACACUGGAUUUCACCGAGGAGGAAGACAGGAACGACAUGUAGAUCGGGAGGAAGGGGAGUAAUGGGGAUGGAGGAGGCAGGGGGUUGCUGUGAAACGAUGUGGAUUGUGAGCCGAGCAGCGUCAGAUGGAGGAGGAAACAAUUUGGGGAAGACAGAAAAGUUUGGUGGUGAUGAGGAGGUGGAGGAGGAGGAGGAGGAGGAGAAAGAAGCAUAAAUCGCUUCUCCAUGUAAGAAUGUGUUCCUCACCGUUGCUCCUGUGCACUGUUUUUGCUCUUUGAAUUGUGUUUCCUCACCUGUGCGUGAUUCAGUGUGAAAUGUUUGUUUUUGUGUUCCCUGUUCUGUGCCACACUAUUGUUUCAUUACAUUUUUUUGUUUGUGUGUACCACACCUGGGUCAAACACCAGCUUGUUUAAUCCCUCACGGGUGCAGAGGAGUUGUCAUCUGAGUCAAACUUCAAACUGCAUCAGAGAUAAAUACAUUUGAAAAUAAACCUACCUGAUGCUAAAAGGCAUGCCAGUCUUCCGCUCAUAGUGGGAUGAAAUUAAAUAAAGGUUAUUUGGCCAAGGUCUGGUCUGUACAUGUGCAGCACACACCAACUGAGAAGCUCCAAUUUAAGCUCUUGGUCUGGACUUCAUACCCGGUCCUGGCUGGCUGCCGUCCUCUGGUUUCACCAAGUCUAUGUGUCCUUCAGUCUCAUCAGAAUUCUUAAUUGUCCAAAGAUUUGUUAAACCAGGGGACUGAGCCCGCUCCCCCCCCCUCACCACCCCAAGGACAGAUUGUAUCUGUGUGUGUGUAUGUGUGUGAGUUACAGAGACAGAGAGGGCGAUGCUCCAGCUCUGUGUUCUUGGUGUUCUUGCAUGUUGGCCACACUGGGCCAGCUUUGUGGUGGUGUAUUUUUUUGCUAUAUUAAUGUGUUUGGCCCUUCAUUUCCUAGCUUUGGUGUGCAGUAUCAUACUGCCGUUGUUACAACUGUUUUGUACCGCUAAAAUCAAUAGUUAAGGUUUAGAAGCGCACUAGUCUGCCAUUGUAGAAAUCUUCUGAUUUCUACAAACAAAUCUUCUGAUUUCUACAAACAAGAUUUCUACAAUCUUUCUACAAACUGAGAGGAUUUUGUUUGGCAAGCAGGACAAGGACAAGGAGUUUCUACAAUGGCUAACGCUAUAAAUUAAAUUUAGGAUGAAAGAAACUGUCACGGCAUUUCCCAACAGCAUCUUUGGGAUGAAAUUUGAAAAGGGCAAGGAGCAGUGACGCCGGGUACAGCAUUACAAGCUGUGUAUUCACUGUCUCACAUGUUACGAAUUAGACAGAAUACAUUUUUCAGUCCCUCAAAUCAUGUACAAAAAAACUUAAGGUCCAAUAGUUGGCUUUUUCUGUGGCUUUUGACCACAUCUCACUAUUUUCAUUUGCAGAGGUCAUCAUCCCUGACGAGAGAAAAAGCUGAAUAUACCAUGAUAACAAAUACUUUCCCCGUCUAGAUGGUUUUGGGAAACAGUCCUAUAUUUAAUAUGGUUCCACACUGGAGCUUGAAAUAUAUCAAAUUAAGACAACUAUUUAUUGGAUGGUGGGCAAAAUAAUUGUCAGAUUAGCACAUUUUGUGAACUUAAUCUGGCCAAAUUUCGCUCUGUGUUGAGUUGCACCAGUUUUUCAGAAAUCCAUCACUAAGUGUGAACAUACAUACUACAUACUAAGGAUAGACAGUAGUAUAUAGUAAAUGUGAAGGUCCUUCUUAAGUUCAUAAAAUAAUAAAAUAACUAGUUUUACAACAAAUCAUUACACCAGUUUGUACAUGGAAGUUAAAUGUGUUAAUAUGUGUAAAAACCUUAGCGAGCUGUUUUUUUUUUUUUAGCUUGGAAACUUCUAGAAUAUAAGCAAGUUAUGUCACGGUCCACGGCUAGGUGAGGACUCAAAUGCGGAGACCGAGACUGGAGACUGGAGACCCGAUAUGACAGAAAGGGGAAAGACACAUCCACAGACACACAAGGCUAACGAGACGUUACAAGUUAUCAUAGCAUCUUACACUAGCAUUGCUAUAAUAAUAUUAAAAGACCUAAACAAUAUUUUUGUAUACAUUUAGGUUACUUACUUAUUCCUGCAUAUAUGGGCAAAUAUAUGUUUCAGAGUAGCUUUUUAUUCUCAUUAUAUAAAGCCAUUUUAGACACGACGGCCUAUUUUUGUAAACUAUUUCUCAAUCCUUGAGCUUAAUGUCAGAAUUUUCAAUCUAUGUUGACCAGUACCUGCGUUCCUAUUUAACUUCCUAUACUCUAAAUGGAUCGUAUAUUGGCUAAUUACAACAUAACGGUAGCUUUGUCAGUUACAUUACAGGUCAUUUAGCUGACGCUUUUAUCCAAAGCGACUUACAUUACACUUUUUUUUUAUAACCCAUGGCAUUUUACAUUUUUGCCGGGGGAGCAAUUAGGGGUUAGGUGUCUUGCUCAGGGACACUUCGACUUGGGACAUAGGGCAGCCAGGACACCACCACCAACCAUGUGGUUCCCAGCGCACCCGCUCUACCCCUGCGCCAUGACGACCCACCCACACAGUUGAUCCAGUUAGCUACACAACAGUUAAUGUUAAGUUAAUGAGGACAAAUCAUUUUUAAUUUGGUGAAGCAUAAAACCCCACUUAUUGAAAUCGGUUGGGACUAUGCUAAAUUGGAAUUUUAGGAAUAGCUGGUGCAACUGGCGUAGCAGGUACUAUUGUGAAUGAUUAUAAAAACAAAGAAAACAAUACUUUACCCACCUGGAUCCAUUCACUGAUUUACAGUAUGUGUGAAAUGGGCUUUGACCUCGAACAGCACCAGAACCUGGAUGUCACAAAAUAAUUUUACACUUCCAAUUUGAAAGAAAACUAUUGUUUCAAAAUCAUUUUAAAAGCUUCAUCUGAAAUAGAAAAACCCUUUCUCAUCUGUGACAUGGUGUUUCUAGUGAAUUAUUAAGGUUUGAUUAACUGCACAAAAAGCAUCUUUAAUUAUUAAAUUUGCUUUUCACCAAACACUAUGCCAUAGUCUGGUGUCUGCGGGUCAACAGUCAUGAAUUUUUCAGUGCAAAACCUCAGUAAAUUCUAUUUUCUUUCUUUCCUUUCAGUGCUGAGUUUCUAACCCCCCCCCCCCCCCCCCUCCUCAACGUGAAAAGGAAAAUGAUAAAAUGUUGAAAGAGCUGCUUUCCCUUCACCCCCACCCUCCCACGACGGGAUUCACUGAGAGAGAAAGGGAUUGAAAGAAGGCGAGCAGUGGAAAUCAUCACUGACGCACCCGAACAUUCUCAUCAUUCUAUCCUAUCGUCAUAUGCAACCUCGCCAUAAUGCCAGUGAAGGGGAAGGGUCAUGAUCACAUAUAAGCUAUUUUUAAAGAUGGGAGCAAAAAAGUAAAAGAAAAAAACGACCCUGACUCUUUUGAACUGAUUUUUUCAGAGCAAACCUCGGCAUUGAUGCUCCCCAAUGACAGACAACGAAUGGAGAGCAUGCCGUUAGGGAACCCUCUAUUUAUAUUGUGUUGUUGUUUUACUCUUUUUAUUUCAAUAAGCUCCAUCUGCAGCUGUUGAUUUCCAAUUGGAUGCCUCAUUAUUUUGGCACUCUAAGCACUAUGCAAAGUGAAGGUCCAUCGUGAUGUCCAACAGCUCCCGGCGGAGGUCGAUCCAGUGUCACUGCUAAUCUCUGCUGAGCAACAGGACCUCUGACAAGCGGCCUGAAAUCUACUCAUACAUAUCAGAAAAAGAACCUUGGCCACAUCACAUUUCACAUGAUUCUGUAUUUGAUUUCACCUGAAUCAUCUUGCGUCUUUGUGUUCAACUGAUCAUUUGAAAGCUGAGGUCUCAACAAUCGUCAAAGAGACAGCUUUUGUCCACCUGGUGAUCGAAUUAACUCGGAUUAAGACCCACUCGGAUGGAAGUACCGGACGGGAAAUCUGCCGGGUAAAAAAAGGAGGAAGUGACUGACCCUCGUCUCUUUCUUUCCAUCUGGAGUGUUUGACAACCCCCCACCCCACCCAUCUCAGCAAUGCUGUUCUUCCUCCUCAUCUAAACUGCAUGGCAUGAACAAAACCAAUUGAAACCAGAAGAAAGAAGAAAACACAAUGGAUGGAUUAGAAACUUGCAGGGGUGCGGGGGACAAUGGACGGAUUGUUUAAGAGAGACCAUCUUUGAUUUUUUUUUCUUUUACGCAGCAAUGUAAAGUAAUUGUCACCCACUUUACCCCCCACCCCCGUCCACUGGCGGCUGAUAUUUGCCAAACAGCAUCUCCUGCAGCGAACUGCUUUUUCAGAAGGCGUGAAGGAGGAAGAGGAGCCCCCUCCCCCUAUGAGGGAAAGAAGGAAGGUAGGAAGGAGAACUCUGCAGACACUCUAGACCUCUUUGGAUGUGGGGCAAGAAGACAGAGGCUUUUUAAAGAAAGCAGGUAUUCAGCAGGAGUGGGAGAAGAUCUUUGAGAAACUAUUACAGGGACAAAAAAAUGGCAAUGAUUGCAAAUUAGAAAUGCAUUUUUAUGACAUUGUUUACCAGCAUGAAUAUUCUGCAUGACUUCUGCAAGCCAUUCUGAUCUCCUCCAUGAAUAACAGGGCUAGACAAAUUUUGAAAACUCAACAAAAAUUACGUUAUAUGCACCAAAUUGAAAAGAAAGUAGGAUAAUGUAAAAACAAAUGAUAAUCAUCAUUUUAUGCAUUUUUUAUGGUCAUGAUAAAAAACAAAUGAUUGAGAAAAAAAGGUUUGCAAAAUCUAUCCUGUUUUUUUUUCUUAACAAAAAAAUCUUUUUAGCCCCACCCCACCCUAACUCCUCUUAAAUCCAAGAAGACUCCUCCCAACUAUUGCAAGUAUUUAUUCUGCUACAACAAGUUUGUCUACUACUUCCACUUCUCACCCAAUCCGCUACUGCUUCUUCUUCUUCCUCCUCUUCUUCUUCUCCUUGUUCUUUCUCUUGUAGCCUCUUUUCAGAAACUCUCUCCAAAGGUAGCUUUGUGUGUCCGUGUAACAAUGUGGACCCAGGACUAUAGAACUGGGCUUGUGCUGGACUGUGCCGUCCACUCACACACAUUUCAAUUAAAAUAUUUUUGACCUUGAUGUCCAAGGUCACGGCACACUCAAGGUAAGAAGGAUCAUCGGAGGUCUUGGGUCAAGGAUAUGUAAGGAAAAGUCACAGUUGAGGUGUGGUAUAAUGUUCCAGGCUGGUCUGAACAGGUGCAAGAUGGCUGCCCAUCAUCUAGGGUUUUUUAUUCCACAUGCUCUGUCUCAGGAGUUUGGGAUUAGGAUUGAUUCCCAUUGUAUGUGGUCAAGGUUUAAAAGAAAAAAUGACCUGUCCUGUAUGUGCCACUAAAGUAGGGACAAACACAGGGUCUUAAUAAGAAUUCAGAAUUGCCAAAGUCCGAACCUCUCCUGCUCAAAUAUAUUCACGAUUUCUGUAAUCAUAUAAUUUUUAUCUUAAAUUAAAUAUGUAUAUACAUAUCUCACAUUAUUUUCAGGUAUGAAAAUAGCUUUGCUUAAAACCAGUUGAAAAGAAAACCAAAGAUUCCAACGGAUAUCUCAAACACACAAACAAAAGUGCAAGGACCUUUUUCUAGAAUUAAGGCCGUCAAAUUAAUUUCCCAAAUUUCCGAAUCACCUUAAAAUGGAAGACAAAGUUAUUUCCAGAUUUCAUGUCAAAUACAGAAGAAAUAACAUUGUACCUGACUGAAAAUAAUGUGAGACAAUAUAUAGUUCAUGAGAUUCAACUUGAUGUCUUUGGCAAUGUUUGUCCAGUAGCUUGUUCAUGGUGUAAAUAUACCAAUACUGCCCUUUGACCCUUUAACUUGUUCAUUGAAGGGGAUUGAUCAGUUAUUAAUCCUUCAGUUACAGAACACACCAUUUCUCAAGUAAGCUCCCAUAUUGUUUAAAUAUCCAUGCUCGUUUUUCAAAUGGAUCAGGAGAGUAUUACAUUUACUGAACACGGGCCAGUAUCAGUACUAUGUAUGAAGAGCAGUUGCUGUUCAUAGCUGCAUAGCUGUUCAUAGCCCCAUUGUGAGCGGCAGCCAUCUUGGCUCGAUAUGUUGAGAUAUGAGAUGGGCAAGUAUCAGUUUAACCAGUUAAAAGGAUGCUCUGCUGAACUGAGGGAAAAGCUUUUUCUCAAAUUCUAUGGUUUCAGUAAAGGUAGAGGAAAAUACGCAGAUUUAAGAUGCCUUUUAAAGGCAACAGAAGCACUUUGGAUGGCCCUAAAGCUAAGCACUGGACUGAUGUGUUACCAAUCAACAGAAAACUGUAGAUUGUGCAGAUUGUCUUCUUUUUUUUGCUUUUUAAUGACUUUAUUUUGAAUAUUAUGUGAGAAUUGUUAUUUUUCAUGCUGUAUUAUUGAUGGAAUUAGCUCUAUGCUAAUAGCAAUUUGGUUUAUGAAACUACUUGGGCCCCCCACAAAAUACUUCUGAAAUGUGGAAAUGGAUGGAUAACUAAUCAGGCCUUGCAGGCACAGGCUGAGAGUCCCAAGGUUAAAGGGCCCCUGGCCAGAAACCAUUUCUUCUUUCCAACUCCUUCAAAUACAAAAAAAGGAUACAAUACAGAGCAUCUCUCAGUUUGAGUGUUUUUACAUACUACUGUCCGGGGACCUUUGUCUUGUAAUCCAUCCAUGUGUGUAGAUUUGCUACUGUGCCGAAUAUUGUGACAUACAGUAGGGUUAUAACAAACACUCAACCAAAUUAGUUUCCUUUAUGACUUGUUCCCCUAUUUAAUCUGAUACUAUCAAUGACAGAACCAUAUAUUUGACAUGCAGACAUACCUUGGCUCUCCUGUCUUUUGCCAAAACUUCAUUAGCUGUUUUAAAUAAGGGCUAUUGAGUUAGAAUAGUCUACUCUUAGAGUUAGAAUAGUCUACUCUUGCACCCUCACAAAAUGGUUUUAUGUACCAUAUGUUCAACCAUCGUCAAAUUGCUGGGAUUCCAGGGAACCUUUGCAAGACAGAACAUAAAUGCCUCAUUCUUUGGAUUGAGAUAUAUUCUUGGAAUUGGCAUUUCAAGCAAGAUGUGCUGCAACAUGACAUCGUUUUUUGUUCAUAUGCGCAGUAAAAAAAAAAUCCUUACCUUUCAUUAUGUUCAAAUUAUUUCCAAGCACAGCAGAAAAGGUCCCUUUCAGGACUUGAAGAAUUGGGGAUUUGGACAGUGCUAUAUUUUGAGGAUUAAUAAACUAUAAAUUCAGUCAUAUGUUGUGUAUGAAGCUAAACUAAAUCCAAUAACUUGAAUGACAGCGACGAAAAGAAAACUCAAUCCCCUGUCUGGUUCGAAAUUUGGAUUUAUUUGUGUAAUAUGUAUUGUUUUGUACCCAUACUCCCCUGUAUGUCAUCAGACAGCAGAAAAGAAAUCAUUGUGAGUUCUUUUAGAUAUUCUAUGUAUGAUUCUAGACAAAUUACAUGGGGCCAAAACUUAGUAGAAAACAGGGCCUAUCUCAGGAAUACGGUGUCCAAAAUCAGGAGGUAGAAUGUUGAGAUUUCAUGAUGCUGCAGUAUUUAUUGUCAGGAACGUUUCAAAUAUUAAUUUCAAAUGGACAUUAGGACAUCCUUUCAAUGGAUACUGCUACUUGAAGCGUGGAAGAAAAUCUUUCUGUUGUUUUGGUCUCUACUUUGUCCAACUGUCCAUCCACGCUGCACUUGGUGUCAUUGCUUCCAGGGUGUUCUUAAUUUUUUGGUGUGGUACUGUUAAAAGUUUAUAGUACAGAUUCAGAAAUUUCAAUAAUAACAAUAGCCUUGCAUGCAUCGUACUGUAGCUGUACCAAGGUGAAAGUAACUUCCUUCAGUCUCAUGCAUUGCUUUAGUGUUAUGUUGCCGUCAGCAUUUGUUUUUCAUGUCAUUUAUUUUGGUCUAUUUUGGAAAACAUGUAUUUAUGAAGACCUAUGGUCUUGAAGAUUAAGCAUGAAGUUAACAGUGACAGUAUCUGCUCAGUCCAUUUGGGUUAAAGGGUUGACAAAAUUGGACUGUUGGAGAAAAACUGAUUGUGUGUGUCAGAUGGGUUUUGGUUGUGUUCAUAUGGAUCACCGAGAAGGCAGACUUUUAACCUGAUCUCUGCAGAAUGAGUGCCUACGAGAGGACUUCUUUCGUGGCCUUCACUGUACAUGUCAAACGUAGAAAUUUCUGAGCAAUAAAGCAGUCCUUAGUUGGGCCAACAAUGUCUAAACAGAGCACUGCCAAUUAAAAUUGCUCAUACAUGUUUGUGUUGCCAAGUGUUGUAGUAUGAAAAAGAUACUUCACAAAUGUGUUGAUCGUCCACAAACUUUGAAAUUUUGACACCUGAGGCCAAGGUAGUGUGACACUUAGUUCUGAGCCUGGGAAGUGGGAAUACCAUUCCCAUAGAGUAAAAUAAUAGUGUUUGGUAUUAGAGCCUUGCUGCUGGCCGAACUGAUGGGUUUGUAACAGCAGUCAUUGCCUAACAAUCUGGUGUAAUGUGAGGGUAAUGAAACUAAUUCCGUUCAGUCUGAUUGGCUAAGACCUAACGAAAAACCUCAUCUUCCAAAUGGAAACUCUCCUAAUUCUUUAUUCAAGAUUUAUUCUCAUUGAAAGGUUGGAAAAUCCACAAUCCUCUGAUGCACCGCAGAAAUGACCUUUGUUGCCAAGUUUGAGAGGACUGUCAGAGCAAAAGGUAGUCCAUGUCUCCAAUGUUUCGUUUAAGAUGCUUCAAUGGUUCUUGGGAAAAGGGUACAGUGGAUCCUCCCCUGACCCUCCAUAAUUAUGGAGGGUUCCAUUUAAAUUUCAAAAUUCAUGUUGCUGCAGAAACCAACCUAAAUUAUUCAUAAAAGAGACUUGCAUGGCAGAGAGUAGAAGAAGAAGAAAAAGUGAUGGCUGCGCAGUUUUAGACAGUCAAAUAGAAACCUUGAUUAUUCUACUGCAGUGUAGUGGGGACACAGCAAUAAUGGGUAAGGUCUUUUUUUAAAGGUUUCGGUUCCAUGUGCGAACGAUUAUAUCCAAGAAUGUGUGUUUGUCCAAACAAAUGACUUGUGUUAAGAAAGGAAGCAUGCUGUUCAAACUGAGCUAAGCCACACCCCUGUGAGAAGACUGACAUCUGAGCUAACCCAAUAGAGCAACUUUACUUGAAACCCCAAAUGACAAUUUAACAUAUCACGGGCAGAUGCAUUGAAGCGUCUCUGCCCACUGUCACCUUAACCCCCACCCCUUCCCCACCACCUUCAUUCAAUGCUGAUUGGAGUUUUAGAGGCCUUCCUACGUCUUUCAAUAAGCCUGGACCAAUUUGAUUGGUGGGUGUUGCAUUAAAACAAGACAGAAAUAGUUUCUGCGUGUUAAAACUUCCACCCUUGUCGGACGUCUGGCCACACCCCAAACCAGUGAUGUAACAAUGGGUGUAUUUUCUUUGGGAGAAGAGCUGGUGUGAUAUGGUUGUGUUUAAAGAAAAACAUUUGAAGGGGUGCAGAGCAGCGGUUCACACCCCUUUGGAUUCAGCAUUUGAACUCAAGAUAACUCCUUAAAUAUGAUAUUGAUUUCUUUUUAUAAGCAUUUAUACUUUUCAGAAUUUUGGGAUCUAAAUCUCCAGUCUGUGUUUCUUGCAGCAACCUCUCCAUCCCAUGCUCCUCUCUCUGUCUUCCUUUCCUAUUCCUCCUUUCCUCUCCCUCCUUCAGUUGUUUUGAGGAAGCGGCUUCUUUUUGCAUCCCUUGUUCUUGUAUUUUAAUAUCCUAUUUUUAUUUGGGGAGAUGAAUUCUUAAUGCAUGCCUGGGGGAAACUUUAAAGUGAUGACGUAACCCAAUUGCGAAUGGCCAUUUGAAGGGAAGUCUCCAUGGGGGGAAAAAAGUAAAGGUUCUUGAAGUUUCCCUCUUCCUUUCUCUGUCAGUUUAGAAGAUGCAGUGACAUAUGCUCAUUCUCCUCAUGCAUUCUCUUCAUUCAUGUGAUCACUUUCUGGAGGCCAGCAGACUCAGUUUCAUGAGUCCAGUCAUGGUUUUCCAAAGGCUUCCCAGACAUUGGUGCUGUUUUGGUAGGCACCCACUCAACAUAUUCUAUGCAUAAUUUCGGGUCUUUAUUUUUUUUUUAUUGUUUGGUAGCUGAGAACAUGUCUACUCAGAUCAAAUGAAUCCGUCAUUUCCACAUUGAUUCCAGGUUUUUAUCAUGUGUUGUAAAUUAGGAAACCACAGUCCAUUUUAAGUUAUUUGGACACCGCUUAAACAGACGCUAGGGUUCAUUUCCCUGUUGAUCAAUUAAUGAUCCCACAGCAGGGAUAAAGACUUGGUGUGUGUCUACUGGAAAAAGGCAGAGAAAGAAAGAAGGUUGACUGAGACGAGAGCGAGAGAAGAGGCUUCCCUCAAUUACUGAGUGGGGUUUAUGCUAUAAAUACGAUAUCAUUUUAUUGUCACUUUGCCGGAGAGAGAAAAUAAGUAAAGAACUGCAUAAAAUAUAUUUCAAUGGAAUGUUUAUUAUUUACCUUUUCUAUUUUUGAAACAUGUAAAGAACAAAAAAGGUGAAACUGUAAAAAUCCAACAGCAUUUGUGAAAAAGACAUAGAAAACCAUUCUGUUAAAAUGUAUGAAGGUUUGACUGUGAAUGCUGAUUUACCUGAGCAACUCUUCUCCUUCACUGAUGGGAUGAAUAAAAAAAAUAAAAAAACAUCACAAAACUACUGGAAAAGAGCAAACAAAUUCAGUUGAA